AUGAUGGACGAUUUCGCCUCAGAGUCGGAUAGCGACUACACGAGCUACUGGCGCGAUUGGUUCAUAUCCUCGCGCGGCAACGAGUACUUUUGCGAGAUUGACGAGGAUUACCUCACUGACCGCUUCAAUCUGACCGGCUUGAACACCGAGGUGCAGUACUAUCAGUAUGCGCUCGACCUCAUCACCGAUGUAUUCGAUCUCGACUGCGACGAUGAUAUGAGGGAGACAAUCGAGAAGUCGGCUAGGCACCUGUACGGCUUGAUUCAUGCAAGAUACAUCGUCACCACGAGAGGGCUGGCAAAGAUGCUCGACAAGUAUAAAAAGGCCGACUUUGGAAAGUGCCCGCGCGUCUUUUGUCACUCGCAUCCGCUGCUCCCCAUGGGCCAGACGGACGUGCCCAACCAGAAGCCGGCCAAGCUGUACUGCGCGCGGUGCGAGGACAUUUACAACCCCAAGUCGUCGCGGCACGCCACCAUUGACGGUGCCUAUUUUGGCACCUCGUUCCACAACAUCAUGUUCCAGGUCUACCCGGCCCUGGUGCCGCCCAAGAGCGCCGAGCGCUACAUCCCUCGCGUCUACGGCUUCCGCGUCCACGCCCCUGCCGCCCUGAUUCGCUGGCAAAACGCCCGCCGCACCGACAUGCUGCGCCGCCUGCGCAAGAUGGAGGUCGAGAGCGGUUUCAAGGGCGAGAAUGGCGAGGACCUUGAUGACCUGGACGAGGACGACGAUGACGAGGAGGACGAAGAGGCUGCCGCGCUGCUCCACGAAGGGGCCGGAAAUGUGAACCUGGACCGCGAUAAUGAUGUUGUUAUAGCGGGCGAUGCUCAUCAUGCUGGCUAG